CUGAGCUUCUGUUUUGAACAAAAAUUAAAAAAUCGCGAUAUUUGUGUGUAAUUAGAGUGAAAAUCGCGGUAUUGGUGUGUUCAAAGUGUGCCCUUGGUAGUGUUCUAGCACUUGCUUAUCAGUAUUUUGACGGAAAUCUAUUAGUUGUGUGGAAAAAUGUCGGUAGCAUAUUCGCAUCAGAAUCCUGGCAAUCGAAAUCCGCCAGCCCCGCCGUCGACUGCGCAAAUUCAGAAGAUCCUCGACGAGAACUCGGGUCUCAUACAGACCAUCCAGGACUACCAGCAGAUGGGAAAGGGUCACGAAUGCAUGACGUAUCAUCAGGCGUUGCACAAAAACUUGGUCUAUCUUGCGCAAUUAGCUGAUUCGACGCAAAACAUCAAUCAACUUUUGCCGCCUCCUCAUAUUUUGCAACAACAACAAUCGCAGCCGAAUCAGCCGCCAUCACACGAACAAAACAUUCCUCCGACACAGCCGUUGCAACAACCGCCAGGUCCGGCUGGUCCGCCAAAUCAGCAACCUCCUGUAUCGACGGUAGGUCCGCAACCGCCACAAAAUCCGCCAGCACAAGGACAAAAUUGGCCUAAUCGACCGGGAGCUCCUGGUGGUCCCGGCGCUCCAAAUCAACCGGUUUCGCAACCAAGUGGACCGAAUCCGGCACAGCAACCGCCUCCCGCAACGCCACCACGAACAAAUUCGGCGAGUCAAGGUCAACAGCCGCAAACUCCCCCCGUGCCACAAUCGUAUCCGCAAUCGUGGGGACCUAAUAGGCCUGGGCCGCAGCAUUAUCCACAGCAUUAUCCUCCUCAGCCGUAUCAAGGCGGUUAUGGACCUUAUCCGUAUCAACAAGGACCUCCCCAGCCGUAUCACGCAAAUAUGCCGCCUAAUAGUGGCGCUGCUGGUCCUCCGGCAAAUCCUGCUUAUCCUCAAACGUCGCAACAUCAACAAGGAGGACCAACUCCUGCAGGCUCUUAUCCUCCCGGUCCGCCCCAAAAUCCUCAAAUGUAUGGUCCGCAAGGACAAUAUCCGCAACAAGUUGCUCCACCACCCGGCGGAUACGGUUACGGACCAGGUUAUGGACAAGUUCCUCCACAAAAUCCCGCUGGUUAUGGUCCUCCAGGACAAUAUUCGCAACAACAUUACAAUCCUCCGCCAGGUGCUUACACUCCUCCACAAAAUCCCCCGGCAAAUGCUUCGGGACCCAAUCCCGCGACAUCUCAAGCACCUCCGAAUGCAGCUCCCGCUGCCAGCAACUAUCAAAAUCCAGUUCCAAGUCCCCAGGGUCCUCCAAAUGCUCCAACUCCGCCAACUUCGUCUGCAGCUCCCACAACAAAUCCGUCGCAAGCACCUCCUGGCGUUCCCCCAAGCACGGCUCCGUAUCAAUCGCCGCCAAAUACGCAAGGAAGCACGUAUGCCGGGCAAAAUCAAACGCCUGGACAACAAUUGCCGCCGCCAGCAGCUGGAGCCCCCAAUCCCGGAGCACCAAAUGCCUAUCAAGGACCUCCUGCUGGACAAAGUUAUCCACAAGGAAAUUAUCCUCCUCAUCAAGGAUAUGGACAUCAAGCUUAUCAAGGAUAUCCGCCACCAAUGGGUCAAAGCGGUUAUCAAGGUGGCUAUCAGAAUUAUCCGCAAAGACCUGGUCCACCGGGACAAAUGCCGCCUCAGCAAGGCCAAUACAACUAUGGUGCGCCAUAUCAGCCACCACAAUAAAAAAAAAACAAAUGAACAAUUUAGACUUUUGAGAUUGAGACAGAAAUCUCAUGGAUAUUAUCGAAUUGAAUGUAGUUUGUGCAUAACUAAUCGUGUUUUAACUUAAUUUUUUAUACUAUCUUUGUGACGUCCCUUUCUUGCUCAAAAGAAGAAAAAUAUCUUUUUUUUACUACUAAGCAGAAUAUUAAUUUUAGUAGUAGGACAGUAUUUACCGCAAACUUUUAUCCCAUAAUUAUUAUUAUAUAUUAUUAGUUUUAGUGCAUUUUAAAUUUUUUUGUUUUAUUUUUUGUAUUUUUAGGAUUUUUAAAAAUUUU